GCCGUUCUGACGACUGCAUCAACAUCAAGCUGCUGAUAAUUUUAUUUUGAUUUCGGUUGCCUUUCUCGCUAUGCUUUCAGUUUAGUAGUUGAUCGGCUGGGGCUGGGUGUACAAAGUUAUUUGUGUUACUUGUGCGCGUGGUGCCGCCACUCUCUCUCGCUUUGUCGCACAAAUAUCGCAACCUGUGGGGAAUUUUAGUACAAUUUUGUGUUGUGGUGUGUGUGUGUUAGACUGUCAUAGCGUAAUAGAAUUUAAAUUAGGAUUUUAAUUUCGAGUCGAAAAUGGCAGAAAGUCGAGGAUCUUUAUUGGCUAAAUCGGUGCAAAAGCACGCUGGCCGUGCCAAGGAGAAGAUUCUACAAAACUUGGGUAAAGUUGAUAGAACAGCCGAUGAAAUCUUCGACGAGCAUCUACAAAAUUUUACAAGGCAACAAAAUGCAGCAAAUAGGUUACAAAAGGAAUUUAGCAAUUACAUAAGAUGUAUAAGAGCUACUCAGGCAGCAUCGAAAACACUGUUGGAAGCUAUAGCUGAAAUAUACGAGAGUCAAUGGACUGGACACGAUCAGCUUUACGUGCAAACGCAAUCAGUUGACAUGUUGUGGCAAGACUUUAGUCAUAAAUUAGCCGAUCAAGUGCUUUUACCUUUAAAUACUUAUCAGUCACAAUUUCCUGAAAUGAGAAAAAAAAUUGAUAAAAGGGGUCGUAAAUUGGUAGAUUAUGACAGUCAGCGUCACAGUUUUCAAGCAUUGCAAACCAACAUGAAGAAAAGGGACGACGUCAAAAUCGGUAAGGGACGCGAACAAUUGGAAGAAGCUAAACGGACGUACGAAAUUUUGAAUUCGGAAUUGCACGACGAAUUGCCCGCUCUGAACGACUCUAGGGUGUUGUUUUUGGUUACGAAUCUGCAGACUUUGUUUAAUGCUGAACAUACUUUCCAUUCUGAAUCGGCAAAGAUUUUCAACGAUCUAGAAAGUAUUGUGGAUAAACUAGCGACCGAUAGUCAAAGAGGAUCAUAUAGCGUCAAGAAAACAAACGGAACCAGCAGUCUUCCAAGGCCAACAAACGCCGUACUCAAAGAAUCUCCCGAACUUAUCAUUAAUAAUUUGCCUUCCAGAGUUAACGAAGUCGUCCGACCAAAUUCCUUAUCGCUAGACGAGGAACCAUCAUCCCCGGUUAAAACUAAUAACAGUCCCUCAUUGCCCAGCGAACCUGCAAUUACUCCUCCUACUAACUCAUUAUCUAGCCCCGUCACUCCGUCCAGUCCCAGUCCGAAAGAGUUAACCAAUAAUGUACCCAGUCCUAGCAGCAGAAAUGUUGUUUCUGAGCGCAGUGUAGAUGUUGAUAUGGCUGAUACAACUAACAAACCACCAACUACUGAAGUUGAUGCAGCUGACAAGGAUAACAAUAAAAGACUGGAAGAAUUGUACGAUAUACCUGUAGGUGCUAGUACCGAUCAUCUUCCACCUGGAGUACUCUACAGGGUAAAAGCGACUUACAAAUACACCAGAGAAGACGUAGACGAACUGUCAUUCGACGUGGGCGAAAUUGUGUCUGUUAUUGAAUACGACGAUCCAGAUGAACAGGAGGAAGGUUGGUUGAUGGGCGUCAAAGACAAUGGUGAAAAGGGCAUGUUCCCAGCAAAUUUCACCAGGCCGCUAUAAUUUGUUUAAUAAAUAUGACGUACAACAGCCAUUUCAUUUUUCAAAGCGAAUUGAACAAUUACCAACUUAUUAUUUAACUUUUCCCUCUUUUUAUUCAUAUAGAUUUAGACAUUAUUAAUAAUUUGUAGGGUAUAUUUGUCAUUUUUUAAAAUACUAUAUUACUAAUUCAAUGACUCUUUUAUGGCAAUAUAGAAAAUUAAUGCUCAGUAUUUAGACAAUAGAAAACCAGCUUAUGAUUAUUUAUUAGAUUCUCUUAUUUUUGGUUUGGUAUUAUUAUUUAUUUUGUAGUAUUUGUUUGUUGCCUGUUGUUACGAAUAAAAAAUUUGAGAAUAAUAAGAAUCUCGAAAUUUUUUAUAAGAUUGUGCCAUUUUAUAUACUUAAUUGUUAUUUUUCAAAAUUAGUUUUGUGGAUUGCUUGAGUACAGAUUGAAGAAUUUAAAGGCAGAUUUUAAUAUUUAGUGUUUUUUUUUUUUCAGUUAAUAAAUGAUAUGGCAGCUUUUUUUUUGGCACACAUCUUUAUAUUGUAUUAUUUUCUUAAAUGUUUUAGUGCCAAAUAUUUCUUAUUGGAUUGGUUUCAUCAAAGUUUGGUUAUUUUUUAUUGUAUUGUAUUAUAUGACAUUCGAAUCUACUUCUAAUUUUUUUAGGGGUAAUUUUUGAUAAAGCCUUAUUGACCAGGGGUCAUACCUCGGUUAUUAUUGGACCAAUUCUCUUGAAAAGAAUUACCUACAAAUUUUUCAUAUAAAUAACCAAACCUAAACAAUCUGCCUCUAUUAAAUAGAUAAAUAUAUAGUUAAACAUAUUGCAUAUUGAAUUUUAUUAUACAAGGUAUUUCUUUUAAAGCAUAAAAAUAUGCCUGAAUAAACAAUUUAGAAAUUUAGUAGAAAAAGACAAUAAUUGUGAAGCUCAUUCUUCCAAUACAGAAUCCAUAAUUGUUUUCCAAAAAUUACACUGAAAGAAACACCCUGUAUGUACAUUUCUGUGAGUAGUUAGUUUAUACUUUUCAUAUACAGGAAAAAAUAUGGAUUUAAAUAAUUUUACUUUUAUCUUAAAAUACACCAUUUUUUUUAUAAUUUAAGCGCACAUUUUUUUGUUUGUUGCAAAGUACUUAAUUCCCCUAUUCGUUUUUAAUUUAUAAGCCUAAUCGAACAUGUAAAUAUACAAGUUAUUAAUAACAAAUUAACAAGUUUUUCUAUUUGUUAUUAUAUUCAAAACAGCAUCCGUUAAAUGGUUAUAUAUUAUUAUUAUUAUUAUAUUAUUAUAGAAUACUCGUUUAUUGAUAAACUAUUGUAAAAUUGAACACAAAAACUAAAAUCGGUGCCUGUUCAAUUCUACAUUAGUUUUAUCGUUUGUGCUAAUAUACAUAUUAUUACUUUUAUCCAAUGUUAUGUUUGCCGAAUGUUUAAUUUGUUUUUAAUUGCAUGCAUUUGUUUUUAUACUUUAAAAAUAGAAUUUUAACUAGUCAUUCAAGGGGUUUUUUUCGUUUUGCUCAAAUUCUCUGUGUAUCGUUCAUGUGUAUAGGAAUUUUUCGAAUCCAUCCAUCGUUGUUUUGUCUUAGUUAUUUUUUUUUUGACGCCUUAAUAAAAAUUGUAAAUUUAUCCAAUUCUAAAUUAGGAUUACUAAAAAAUAAUAAAAUUGUUCUUUAAUAUAUUAUUAAUUUAUUUUAAAUAUAAAAAUAAAAAGGAUUAUAUGUUAUUUAUUUUUUUUUUAAAUUUUUCCAGCUUAAAAGUGCCUCAGGAAUAUAGAAAUGAGAUUAGCAAAAAGACAAGUAAACCUAAAAAUUGCGAAAGAGGACAAAAAAGAAAACCCAGAAUCAAAAAAAAAAAAAAAUCCAAUCAAGAGCUUAGAAAUCUAUAGCAACAUGUUUACGGAAUGUAGAAUCCAUUUAGAGACUUUAGACUGUCCAGAUUGCCAUAGAAGCCUUAUCAUUUAAUGUAGAGGUCAUAGAGAAUCUACAGAAAAGUCGUCAAAAGUGUGCAAUUUGAUGUAGAAGCCGUAAACUCUACAGAAAGGUUUCUAGAUUAUUGAGGAAGCUAUAGCUAUACAGCCUACAGAAGAAAAAAAAUCCAAAAAAUUCAAUGUGCAAUGUUGCUUGGGUAGAGAGGGUCGCCGGAAAACACAAUACUGUUAAUAAAAGCUCGAUUAUACACAGUGACUGACGUAGCCCAUGCAUUAGAAUCCAAUUGGAUUGCAGUUGGAUUAGUAAAAUUAACAUCUAAUCCACCUGCAAGCUAAUGAACGGGCUACGUAAAUCACCCUGUAUAUUGCUGGACUGCUGACCAAUAACUUUUUAACAUACACAGCUUUUUUUACAAUCCAAAACUUCUACUAGAUUCAUGGAAAUUAAACAAUUCAACUAUUUUACAGCAACAAAAAAACAAUCAUUGGCCGACUCGUUGUUUUCU